UCGUGGUCUGCUGCCUUGCCUGUCAGUGUCUUUUUCUUCUUUCCUCCCCUUCAGAUCACGACGGGUUUUCUUGAGAGAGCAGGCUCUGACGGGAGCGAGACUGCCCAGGAUGUCCAACCGCCUGCCAGAACUGACCACAGUGGUGCUGAGCCACAGGCUCAAGGCUCUGUUUAUCCUCACCAUUUCAUUUGUGUUCUUUGCCACUGUCAUGUUGUACUCGAGAACUGGGGAGGAUGCUGAAGACCAGCUCUACAGCUUGCCUACACAAAGCAGGUGUGCUCAGUUUUUGCCUUGCCUUCCCCGUCCCACUGCCAGUGGGCCCCCUCCUGCCCCAGGGGAUGUGUUUUUUGUGGAGACCUCGGAGCGAACUAACCCAAGUUACCUGUUCACAUGCUCUGUGGAGUCAGCGGCCAGGACGCACCCUGGGACAAGGGUUGUGGUGCUCAUGAAAGGCUUGGCAAACUGUAACACUUCGUUACCCAACCACUGGGGCUUCUCGUUGCUGAGCUGCUUCCCCAACGUGGAAAUCCGUCCCCUGGACUUGCCAGAGCUUUUCUCUGGAACACCUCUGGCAAAGUGGUACUUGCAGUCUGAGCACCAGAAGGAACCUUAUUUCUUACCUGUCCUGUCUGACGCCUGCAGAAUUGCCAUCAUGUGGAAAUUCGGUGGCAUCUACCUGGACACAGACUUCAUUGUGCUUAGGAACUUGAAGAACCUCACCAAUGCCCUUGGUAUCCAGUCUCAGGGUGUACUGAACGGGGCCUUUCUGUCCUUCAAAUCCAACCAUGAGUUCAUGGAGCUUUGCAUGAAAGACUUUGUGGAGAACUACAAUGGCUGGAUCUGGGCGCACCAGGGCCCAGGACUCCUAACGCGUGUCUUCAAGAAGUGGUGCUCCAUCAGUAAUAUCCAGAACAACAUGAGCUGCAAAGGGGUGCAUGCUCUUUCCCCAGAAGCCUUUUAUCCUAUUCGCUGGGAGGACUGGAAGAAGUUAUUUGAAGCAAUCAGCUCCUUGGAACUUCACAAGCUCCUUAAGAACACCUAUGCAGUGCACGUAUGGAACAAACUGAGCCACGGGACAAGGCUAGAGAUCACAUCCCAGGCUUUGCUGGCUCAGCUGCAUUCUCAGUUCUGUCCUGCUACAUAUGCAAAGAUGAAGAAGGACUCUGAAGAGCAGUCAAGGCCUGUAAUGUGACCUGUGGGCCCUUGGCUGCAGGGAAGUUCCCCAGCCUGAAGGAAACUUGAGUGCCUUUCACCUUCCACAGAGUUGGUUUCUAGCCCAUGGAGCAGGUGUGACAUCUCAGUGAAUUUGUACCAUUUCCGAUAUCUGCCUCAGAUCCUCCAUGCUUCAAAUACACAGCAGAACCUGACCUGGGACUCUUUUGUUGUCCUUCAAGUAGCCCUUGAUGCUGCAGGGAAGGGUGAACUUGUUCAUUGGUGCCUAUUGGCUCCUCUGUUGCUGUUCUCUCAAUUGUAUCAGGCCUGAAACGCCUCUCGUGUAGUUUCAACAGCUGUAGGAACCCUUGACUUGUUCUCUGUAAUGUUUCUAAGUAUGUAAAUAAAUGCCAGCCAGUGCUAUAGGACACGAUUUAGAGGAGCUUAGGACCAAAUUCCCGGGUGGUAAAGAUUCUUAUGGCUGGUGAAGUACAUGGGGAGUAUAUGAACGUUGCUUUAAGAAAUGGGAAAUAUUUCAAAACCCUGCUCGGCUCAGUGUAAAGUUUUUCUUGCUUUCCAAAGGUACUUUAUUUCAAAUGAUCUGGUUUACUGUUUUACAUUCCACAGCAAUAGGCCAACUUUUCUGGUCCUCUUCAGGAAAACAAAUAGCCAAAAGCAGUUCUUAUACCAGUGUGAGUAAAGAUCCUUGCUUUGUUGGAGAAAUUCUUGUGGCAUGCGAGUAUCUAACCAGUCCUUGUCACACUCUCAGAGGGUCUCAGCAUCUGCCUGUUUCUGCAUUGGUAUGAGAAGGAAAAGCAUUACCUUCCUUUCAUUGGAGUACUGAACGCAUUUUGGAAGAACAGGGGCAGACAUGUCCACAUCAGCCGAAGGAGCAGUGACCAGGUCCAGGACUAGGACCAGUGUCCCCAAUGACAUCUUAUUAUUGUCACUGGGGAUCUAGUCAAUGGAUUAUGCAGGGUCAUUCAUCUAACCCUCAUGCAGAUUACACAAACAGGUAAGUGACUGCAGGCAUCACUGCCUGUAAUGGGAACACAGGUGCCUAUACCGCAGACUGUUAAAGUUAGGUGAGAGAAAGCCUACUGUAGCUUCUAGCAAACCUGGGCGGAGCCAAUGCAACCUGCUGUUGAUCUGAUGACCAUUUUCACAUCUGAAUGUGUUUCCUGUGUGUCCAGGGCACUGUAAUUGUAAAAAUGCAUUUGAAAUUAUCCUCUUAUGAAAUGAGGAAAGGAGAAAAAAACAUACUGUGGUUCUGCUGUUGCCGAAUCAAAGUUCCUGUCUGGAAGGCAGAAUGUAAGCAAUGUGGGGUUAUUGCUCUUUCAGAUACGCAGUAGCUAACAAAUAAGAGAAAUAUGUGUAUCAAUUUUAAUACUGCCUUUUCCUAAAUUUCAUUAUCUCCUGAAAAGUACAGUGUUACCAUGCACAAAGAAAGGCUGAUAUAAGUUUGAUCCAGCCUUUAAUAUGAGCGGCAGUGUGUUUCAAGGUUUGUCAGACACUGAGCCACAGCACACUAUUGAUUAAACACUCCAUUGCAGA